UAAAUACCCCUCCACGCGCUACGGAUGAGGCCACGGAACGCAAUCUUGCAAUCCAGCCCCCGAAAGUAACCUUAAAUCGCCCCCAGGUUCUCGAUCGCACCGAGGAAGGAGGAGGAAUGGCGGCCGAGGUGAUCGCGUGCCACACCAAGGAGGAGUUCAAGACCCAGAUGGACAAGGCCAAGGAGGCCGGCAAGCUGGUGAUCAUUGACUUCACUGCCUCCUGGUGUGGUCCUUGCCGCAUCAUCGCCCCUGUGUUUGCUGAAUUAGCCAAGAAGUUCACUGAUGCUUUCUUCCUGAAGGUUGAUGUUGACGAGCUGAAGGACAUUGCCGCGGAGUACAAUGUCGAAGCGAUGCCAACCUUCCUCUUCAUCAAGAAUGGUGAAAAGAUCCACACUGUUGUCGGUGCCAGUAAGGAGGAGCUCCAGACCGGCAUCGAGAAGCAUGCCGCACCCACUGCUGCUUCCGCGUCCGCCUAAGGCGAUAGCGUGUCACCUGUCAUCAAUAAGGGCCAGCCCAUGGCGUGGUAGCAGUAGGCGUCGCAACUUUCAGUUUGGUUUGGGUGAAUUGUGAGCUAUGUCCAACUCUGGAGGCCGGAUAUGUUUGGUUCCCGUGCUGGAUCUGUUAUCAUCCUGAAUGCCUGUGUUGAUAUGGAUGCUUUGUGACUGAAGUUUGAAUCCGGAUUGUCUGACUUUAACUUCUGUUUUGAGCUUCGAAUA